AUCUUGGGUAUCGACAAGUUCUUUAAAAAAAUAAACUAUAUAACCGAGAAUUUAAGAUAAAUUAAUAAAUUAUGUUUAAGCCCUUAAGUGUUUAUUCAAUUCCUCUUCAGUCUCUAGGCUCCUAGAACCUGCACAAUAAUCCCUAUAAGAUUCACGCGCGAGGCACGUGAGAUAAAAUCCACUGGUGGAAAAUAACUUACAGCAGUAGGCUAGCAGUUCUACUAUUCGGCAAUUCCUUCCUCAGAGACACAGGCAGACCUUUAUUUCUUCCAAAAGCAGCCGUCAGCAGCAACCAUGUUACGCCAAGCAUCACGCCUACUGACUCGAUCCAUCGCCACCACUCAACAACCGAUUAGGGUGAUGGGGGCUCGACCCAUGUCGACGAACUUGCCAGACACACCCGUCCAGGACUCAGCAUUUAUUGAAUCAUGGAAAAAAGUGGCACCAAACAUUGAUCCACCAAAGACUCCAUCGGCUUUUAUGAAGCCUCGUCCUCCUACUCCAUCUACUAUUCCUUCUAAGAUCACUGUCAAUUUUGUUCUUCCAUAUGCAUCAGAGCUCACCUCCAAGGAGGUUGACAUGGUCAUUAUACCAGCAACAACUGGGCAAAUGGGUGUUUUGCCAGGGCAUGUACCUACUAUUGCGGAACUGAAGCCUGGGGUCUUAUCAGUCCAUGAAGGAAAUGAUGUGAAAAAAUAUUUCCUUAGCAGUGGGUUUGUCUUUGUCCAUGCAAACUCGGUUGCUGAUAUAGUCGUUGUUGAGGCUGUUCCAAUUGACCACAUUGAUCAGAACUUGGUUCAAAAGGGGCUAGCAGAUUUCACACAGAAGCUCAGCUCAGCUACAACCGAGUUGGAGAAAGCUGAGGCACAGAUUGGUAUUGAUGUUCACAGUGCUCUCAACUCUGCAUUGGUAGGCUGAUGGUCAUUGUGGUCCUGUCUUCAGUUUUUCUCACAAUUCUUCCCUGUCUGUUUGAUCUUUGUCUCUGUAACUGAUAAGCUCUGCCAAGAUAUGUUUUUGCUGUGAUUUCCAGAGAUCUAAAUAAAGCCUUAUAAACAAGAAGUCCAAUGUUUUUUCCCUUCCUUCAAGACACCUCUCUGCUCAGGAUGAUGUUUCCUUCCAACUGAUAAAUCUGUUUCUUAAAACACAAAUGGAAUUGCUCUCUAGUGAAUUGAGACUGUUGAUUA